UAUUUUUAUUUCUAGAUAAUACUAAAAAGAAAAAAGUUUAUCACACUUAAAAUAAAUUUAAUAAUCGAUUAAUCGAAAUCAUAGUAUUUAAUCUAGAGAAACCAGAACCGGAUGUAUGCGAAGUGUUGCGGCUGACAGAACAAUUUUUUUUAUUUUAAAAAUGAUGUUUACAUACAUAAUUUGUCAAUGAAAAGCAGAGUAUGACUGGUUAUUAAAGAAAAUUUUUAGCACACAAGUUACAUCGAUCUACAUGAUGGCCAUAAGAAGCCUUCUAAGGAUUCUUGAAAAUGGGAGCUAAUUAUGAAUUGUUCACGUCUGUUGGAGACUGAGUAUCUUCCUACUAUGGAAGAAGCAGUAGCUGCUUUAGGAGAACUGAGUAUAGGAUUAGUGAUAUUAGGAGGGAUUGUCACGACUGGAAUGUAUUGUAUAUACAUUGAAGAACUUGUAUUUCUAUAUCGUCACUGGCCAGUCAAGUUCUUUCUCUUAAAACUUGGAUGUCUCAGCAUAUUUCCUAUUGUGGGCUCCUGCUUCUUCCUAAAUCUUUUGGUACCUCGUGCAACUGAGUACACAACAAACACAGUUAUCUUGUGUCUGCCCGCUCCAUUAGUGCUGUUUUUCUGGGUGGUUAUUGGUUAUGCAUCGAAAGAAAGGAAUUUAUUAGAGCGUCUAGAAGACAAAUUGAUACCACUUCGAGGUCCACCCUGUUGUUGGUUUUGUUGGUGCUGUCCUAAAAUGCCAUUUUCAAAGCAGCGGUUCAAAGUAGUUAAAGUCUGUAUAUACCAAUUUUUUUUAACGCCAGUUAUUCUGUAUGUUAUUGCAACAGUCUGUUCAAAAUAUGGAGUCUUUAAAGAAUUAAAAUUUGUGCCAGAUAAUGCAGCGCCAUAUCUCAUGGGUCUGAACUUUGUGUCAUUUUUUAUUGGAACGUACGGAUUGGUGAUUUUCAUGAAGACCACUUCUAAGCUUCUCUCUGGUUUUCACAUUCACGGCAAGUUUGUCUCCUUACAGAUGCAGUUCAUUCUAGUACGCUUCCAUUUUUUCUCUUUCGACACUCUAGGCAGGCUGGGAUACUUUCCUUGUCACCCACCGGUUUCAUCUUUAAUGACUGCUCUGUAUAUUAGAAGUGCCUUGCUUCUGGGAGAAGGCUUCAUUCUGUCAGUGGUUGGUAGAUUUUUCUUUCUACAUGCUCCUCCACCACAUUUCUUAACCGUCGACUCAACGCACCCCAUUAAUUCCAAUACAUGAAACAUGUAUAAACUUAAAAAUGAAAUAAUUUGUACAUACAUUUGCAUUACGUACAUAAACAAAUUAGUGGUUUUAUUUAUCUGCAAGGUAUAAGAAAUUGUUAUGAUAGUUUUUAUUUUUAACUAUUACAUUAAUAUGUUAAUUAUGUUAUAUUAAUUUUUUUCACCCUUUAUUUUUUUACUUAGGAUAUUUGGUUGUGAAUGCAUGUUUUUAUACUUACUUAGUUUUUAUUUUUUAGCAUAUAUAUUCCCUUAGUUUGAAGUUGACUUCUAAAGAAAGUUUUUAUCAAGAUAUUAGCUUAUUUUUACCAGUAUAUGCUUAUACUAGUAUUAUUAUUAAAGUAUUAGCAUUAGUAUUAAGAGCCUCUUAAAAGUACUUUUUAUAAUUAUGUUUUAAGAUUAACUUUUUUUCAUAAUUUCCUCUGUGAUUUAUGAUUAUACGUUUAUCAGUAUUAUUUUUAAUUAUAAACCAUUAAAUUAAAUGAUAUCUGCAUCAUGCUGAUGAAGUAU